AGUCGUUGUCAUUCAAGGAAGUGCCUCUCUCGUGGCAUCCUUACCUCUAGAGUUGUAUUGCUGAUGCUAAGUAGAGACGCGUGCUCUUGAUUUGACACAAUUAAGUUGAACAAAAUCGUUUCUACUUUAAUGAUUUCAAUGAUCAUGUGAUUUUGAUUCUGUUAGUUGAGUAUUUCAAAGUAAAUCUUCAACAUACAACUUCUCGUCAUCACAGAGGAAUCUAACUAUCAAAAAAUCAAGUCCUCAUAUCAAUCAAAACAUCUUAGAACGGAGCCCGUUCACCAACUGAACUACACUGAACUACACAUUCAACAUAACAACAACUAAAACCAGCACUUUACUAAGUUGAUUGUAACAUUGACAUCAUUGCGUAGGGAAGAAAAUGUACAACAAGAUUUCUUUCUGGACCGGUGCUGAGAGGAGAUGAAAAGAUUCAGACCAGAUACCCAUCAAGGCAGUCCCGUUGUUAAGGCUAGUUGUAUAAAAAAACCAGCUUCUUCCCCAACUAUGCAUAAGUAUAACAUCUUGCGGCGUGGUGGUCUGUCUUUUCCAAGAGAAAAGAAGUACGACUAGGAUUCUUCUGAAUUGUUUUGUACCGCCAAUAGGCUACUACUAGUAGUACUAAAUUUAUAAUGAGAUGACACUCCUUCUCUCUCACCAUGAUGAUGACACUCUCUCACCAUGAUGACGACACUGAUAAGUGUACAGGGCCCUUAAUUUCUGCCGAUCCGGUGCUCAAUGCGCAAUUUCCCUCUAAUGUUGUUACAACUUCAGCUUUUUCAGCUUCGCCGAACAAACUAUCCGCGGAGGACAACAACCUCAACAAUCCCUUCAAUUCCGCCAACGCAGGCAUCAAAGAUUUGCCGACGCCAACUCUCGCUUAAGGCUAGCCAUUAAUUUUUCCUUUUUUCCUUUCGCGCUUAAGAAGUCCCGUUUUUUUUUGAUUUUGAUGUCGUGUUGUUCUUGACAGUCGUGAAGAGAUUCUUAAUAAAACCUCAUAGUGAAAGUAAAGUAGCGCUAACUCACGCAGAGUCCUGGCGCUGCACCUCUGAAGGGAGGACCACCUGCGUCUGGAGGAAACGGACAUUUGACAUUGCAGAACAACAUGAACGGACAAAUGAUGAAUCAAGUUAUGACGAAGAAGAUGUACUACUAGUACAGUACUAGCUACGUACAGUACUAGCUACGUGCAGUACUAGCUACGUUAAAUCAUAAGAAUUGACUCAGUUUGAUACUAGAACUAGAUGGGUUGAUGCGUCUGUCAAGUUAUGUCUUAAUAUUUACAAAGAGGAUGAUGGUAAUAAUUAUGCUUGAAAAAUCUCGUGGUAAGUAGGUGUGUGAUGCUAAUGAUGAUGAAUGGAGAAAUUGAUUCUGUACAACUAGGUCUCAAUCUAUCUUUGUGACAAACAAUUUACCUCCGAUCACAGAAGAUUCUUCCUCUCCUGCACCUCUCCUGCAAAGUACCCACUCUCUCCGACUUCUAAUUUUCGCAUGAACCAAGGAAUGAACAUGAACCAAGGAAUGAACAACCAAGGCAACAUGGGCGGACACAACAACAUGGGUGGCCACACACCGAACAAUAACAUGAAUCAAGGAGGCAACAUGGGAGGUAGCGGCGGUGGCUACGGCAACAACCACAUGGGCGGUGGCGGAAAAGGUGGCGGCUACGGCUACAACAACAACAUGGGAGGAGGUGGCGGCGGUCACGGCAGUGGCGGCAUGGGAAACCAGAUCAGCUAUGCAGAAGUCAUCAAGACAGGACAACGCUCAAGCACCAACUUCAAGAAUGCUUGGCAUCAGUUCUGCGAACAGAACAACCAGGCCAUGUACGACCCGAACAAGCAUGAUCAGAGCUUCAUCCAACAGUUUUUGGAUCAUAUGGGCAAGGCGUUCCUGAACUCUCACGGCAUGCCGAGUAGUGCGCAAGGACAGGCACCGCCAGCCAUCACGCCGAUCACAGGUGCUAGCGGAGGACGCUAUGGUAUAAGAUUUUGAGAUUAUUUGAUUUUUUUAGAAGAUGGUAGUCUGUCCUUUGAGGACCUGUUGAUCGAUUUUUUGCUGUUUUCGUGAAUGUCACCCUGUUCGUUGUAAACAAACGAUCAGUAGUAAAGUUGACGCUUAGACUUUCAACAACUUCAUUUUCAUACCCGCUCCCAACAGCAACCACCUUAUAGCAUCAAAUACUCCUCCCGACACCAACCACCGCAACACCAGGUUCAGAAGGCCAGUCGCCGGCCAACGGCUACAACGCAGACGGAGGAGGCAAGGGAAAAGGAAAAUUCCGUAGUAAUGUGCAGGUUGAUGGCUCUCUUGGUCGUGUAAUCGAGCUCGUGAAGCAAGGACAGAGAAACAGUCAAGACUGGAAAACCCUCUGGAUCGACUGGUGUCAGGUACAUCAGCCUAAGGAGACCUAUAAUUUCUUCUAGAGAUUCGGAUUAUUAUGCACUCUAAGCUCAUCUAGAUUGGCUGUCCACCGUGAGUUUUAUGGUGACUGAGGAAAUGGGAACGAAAAUGAAUCAUGAUCUUGUUGAUACAACUAGGUUGUCGUGACUUUUUUUCAAGAAGAGUGGUAAAAACUAUUUUGAAACCAAAAAUCCUCAUCCUGAAAACAGGAAAACGGAAACGGAAUCCACGACCCGACUAGGCACUCGGCGUGCUUUAUCAUAGCCUUCGUCCUGAAAUACGGAUUAGCCGGUACAUGCUACUCGAUUCUGCUCUUGCUGAAAUAUGUUUUUGUGACCUCAACAUUUUCUUUUUCUACAGCGGAUGAACUUGACCGUCUUCAUCUCCUUUUUCGUGUGUAUUUGAUGAAGUUUAACAGAAGUGGAGUAUUCAAGAAAAUUUGCAGUUUAACAGAAGUCCAUAUCCCCUUCCCCCACGCAAAAUCAUAACAGAAGUCGUAUCUGCGCCUUGGGCCAGCCCAUAUCUGGUGUCUCUCGGAGAAUUGGCCAAGCCCUACAUGGUUGCUACCAUCAAGAAGGGUAGUACGACAUUAUAUCAUUACUAAAGUCUUGAUGAUUUCUUGGAUUCCUCGUUGCAAGAACAAGAACUCUCUCAUCCACUCUCUUAGUAGAAGAAGAAUAUAAAUAGAAGAGGAAAUGUAGAUUUGUUUUCUUAGAAACAAAUCUACAGUUCCUCUUCUCAUACCAAAAAACAACAUGAAAAGCCUUCGCCGACUAUCUUGCUUCUACUGUUCCGCACAAAGCAAACGCCUAUAUAUUGAAGUUCAAACAAAUUUUGAUGACCAAGGUGAACCAUAUGGAAGCCUAUUGAACACUAAAAUAACCCCAAAGGUGUUCCCCACAAAGCAAACGCCUAUAUAUUGAACACUAAAAAUAACCCCACAAAGCAAACGCCUAUAUAUUGAACACUACGCCUAUCUAACGCUAAAAAUACCCCCAAAGGUCAAUCCAUGUCCGAAGUGUGGAAGGAGCAGUGGGGUUUGUUUGCGGACUCCAAAGCCAACGGAACUCGUGAUCCACAGCGACAUGAUGCAGGUUCCUUGAUGGAGUUCUUUGAUACUAUCGCCCUUCAGCAGUUCGGCAAUGAAGCCUGGAUGCAACCCUAUGUCACAGGAAGUGAACCGCAAUACUAA